AUGCCUGAACCCGCGAAGUCUGCGCCCAAGAAGGGCUCCAAGAAAGCUGUCACUAAGACCGCUGGCAAAGGAGGAAAGAAGAAGAGAAAGACCAGGAAGGAGAGCUACGCUAUCUACGUCUACAAGGUGCUGAAGCAGGUCCAUCCUGAUACCGGUAUCUCUUCCAAAGCCAUGAGCAUCAUGAACUCGUUUGUUAACGACAUCUUUGAGCGCAUCGCUGCGGAGGCGUCUCGUCUGGCUCAUUACAACAAACGCUCCACCAUCACCUCUAGGGAGAUCCAGACUGCCGUCCGCCUCCUGCUGCCCGGUGAGCUGGCCAAGCACGCCGUGUCUGAGGGAACCAAGGCCGUCACCAAGUACACCAGCUCAAAAUAAACAUUCCUCUAAUCAACACUUAAAACCAAAGGCUCUUUUAAGAGCCACCCACAUCACCGGAAGAGCAGAUUUCAUAUUAUCUUUAGUUUUCUUGCAGCCAAUCUUAACAUUUUGAGUUUGGGGAUUCACUAGAAAAUCGUUGUGUUGCUAAAGUCGGGAGGUAAACGCGACAUCUGCUUUGCACCUGUGGCGUUUCAUUGUGAGGGACAACAGUGCUGCUGUGCAAUAAUUUCAAUAACGCUCCUUUAUAUGUAAAGAUUAUACAAUGUAAAAUAGUAAACCUUAAAAU